GACAACUACAUGUAAGAGUUAUACGAAAACUCAACAACCAAAAUAUAAACAGUGAUACAAGGAGAACAGUGUCAAAGACAUAAUGAACAUAAUUGUUGAACUUAGAAUCAACACCAAGAAUAUAGUAGUACUAUAUACCCUAUAUAUCUGUAUAUAGAGAUACACGGAGAACAGUGUGACAACAAAUAUUAAAAAAAAAUUUAUUAAAGUGGAGAAUCAACAACCAAAAUAUAUAUAUAUAGAAGAUGUGAUGAAAAACACUAUGCAUACUCAUAUUGAAUGACAUUGAGUACCAUGUGGAUAUUUAAAAGAGAUAUUGACUUAACCUGCCUUUAUGUGAUGUUAGUAAACCUAGUUCUAAAUAAUAUCAUCAUAGUCUGAUCCGCAUUGGAGAGAAAAAGUUCAAAAUAUAAUUUGAACAGAAAAAGGACAAACAAUUAUCCAUAUUUGGGAAAAGCAGUUAACCGAUGCUACAUACUGAAACAUUCAGGCUACAUGAAAAAUACAGACAGCAUACUGACUGACAGCGCUAAAUUAUGAACAAUAUAUAUCAACCAGGCUGUAUUGAUCUACCAUACUGAAUGUUCUGUCCUAGGAUAUUCUAAAUAUUUUGGAAGACAUCACUAAGAAUGCCUAAUCAUAAUCCCAUCCAUACUGGAAGAAAACAAUUUAAAUGUGACAUUUGUUCUAAAACAUUUAGGCGUAAUUCUGACUUAGUAAGCCACAAUUUCAUCCAUACUGGAGAGAAACAAUUUAAAUGUGGCAUUUGUUCGAAAACAUUUGCUCAGAAAUCUUACUUGGCAAGUCACAAUCUCAUCCAUACUGGAGAAAAACAGUUUAAAUGUGACAUUUGUUCAAAAGCAUUUUCACAGAAAUCUUAUUUAGAAAAACACAAAUUCAUUCAUACCGGAGAAAAACGGUUUAAGUGUGACAUUUGUUUCAAAAAAUUUGCACUGAAAUCAUACUUAAAGAAACACAAUCUCAUACAUACUGGAGAAAAGCAAUUUAAAUGUGACAUUUGUUCAAAAGCAUUUGCACUUAAGUCCAACUUACUAAUGCACAACCACAUUCAUACUGGAGAAAAACAGUUUAAAUGUGACAUUUGUUUCAAAAGAUUUGCACUGAAAUCAUACUUAAAGAAACACAAUCUCAUACAUACUGGAGAAAAGCAAUUUAAAUGUGACAUUUGUUCCAAAGCAUUUGCACGCAAAUUCAGCUUAAUUAGUCACAAUAUCAUCCAUACUGGAGAAAAGCAGUUAAAAUGUGAUAUUUGUUCUAAAACAUUUGCAAGGAAAUCUGACUUAAAGAGCCACAAUCUCAUACAUACUGGAGAAAAGGAUUUUGAAUGUGACAUUUGUUUUAAAACAUUUGCAAGGAAAUCUAACUUAGGAAGUCACAAUCUCAUCCAUACUGGAGAAAAGGAUUUUGAAUGUGACAUUUGUUUUAAAACAUUUGCACAUAAAUCUCAGUUAGUAACUCACAAUCUCAUUCAUACUGGAAUUAAGCAGUUUAAAUGUAACAUUUGUUCUAAAACAUUUCUACAGAAAUCUCACUUAGUAACACACAACCUCAUCCAUACUGGAGAAAAACAGUUUAAAUGUGACAUUUGUUCUAAAACAUUUGCACGGAAAGAUACAUUGGUAAAACACAAUCUCAUUCAUACUGGAGAAAAGUAGUUUAAAUGUGAUUCGUUCUAAGACAUUUGCAGGAAAUUCUCAAUAAGUAAGUUAAUUUCUCUUUCAUACCGGAGAAUACUGUUCUAAAAUAUUUGCAUGAAUAUCUGACAUAGCAAAACAACAUCAUCCAGACUGGAGAAAAGGAGUUUUAAGUGUGAAAUUUGUUCUGAAGCAUUUAUACAGAAAUCUAACUUAGUAAGACACAAUCUCAUCCACACUGGAGAGCAACGGUUUAAACAUAAUAUUUGUUCUAAAUGAUUUGCACAGAUAUUGUUUUAGUGAGACACAAUCUUAUCCAGACUGGAGAAAAACAGUUUAAAUUUGACAUUUGUUCUAAAACAUUUGCAAGGAAGUCAGAAAUAGCAAUUCACAAUCUCAUCUAUACUGGAGAAAAGGAUUUUAAAUGUGACAUUUGUUUUAAAACAUUUGCACAGAAACCUCACUUAGUAAGGCACAAUCUCAUCCAUACUGGAGAAAAACAAUUUAAAUGUGACAUUUGUUCUAAAACACUUGCAAGGAUAUAGCAAUUCACAAUCUCAUCCAUACUGGAGAAAAGGAUUUUAAAUGUGACAUUUGUUUUAAAACACUUGCACAGAAACCUCACUUAGUAAGGCACAAUCUCAGCCAUACUGGUGAAAAACAAUUUAAACAUAAUAUUUGUUCUAAAUGAUUUGCACAGAUAUUGUUUUAGUAACACACAAUCUCAUCCAUACUGGAGAAAAGGAGUUUAAAUGUGAAAUUUGCUCUAAAAGGAAAUCUGACUUAACAAGUCACAGUGUCAUCCAUACUGGAUGCAAAGUACAUUUCCCAACAACUUUUAGUCCUUAUCUUAGAUUUCCUUGCAACUUCUACAUUUCAUUGUUCAUGUCAAAACUGAGCUACCUGCCAGAAAAGUGGUAUUUAAAUUAUAAGACCAUUCUUGCUGAAACUACUACAAUAAUGUAAGCAUAAUUAAUUAUAU